UCCUACGUGACGUAUUUCCCUUUUCGCAUGCCUUCUAGAUUAAAUGUGUCUUGGGGCGAUCUUCUGAGCCACAUAUAAUCUUUGAUUCCAGCCUAAACAUGUUUAAAAUCGAGGGACUUGGGCCGAAGAUGGACCCGGAGGAGAUGAAGAAAAAAAUGCGGGAGGAUGUCAUAACGUCUGUUCGCAACUUUCUGAUUUAUGUUGCGCUUCUGCGAGUCACACCUUAUGUAUUGAAGAAGCUGGACAGCAUAUGAAACUUCACCAUGGAUAGAAACAUUCCCUGACAGAUGAGCAUGCAGGACGCAGAUGAUGCUGCGGAGAGUCACCUGAAACGGCAGUUAAUGAAGAGAUGGCAUAAAUUUGUGUCAUUUAGUUUAUUUAAUGUUUUUUUUUUUA